GAGUCUAGCAUAUAAAAUCUCUUUCCCUUGUCUUCUGUACAAAGUGCUUUGUGUUGUUAGUGGCCGGGUUCAGUUUCCAUGGAUUCGAUGCAUGUUAUUAUGUCUUCUCCUAAUGCUCCAGUCACAACUGGUGGAAAUCUCUGGAGGAGUAAACAUUCCACUGAGAAAAUAUACCAUGCAAGUUCUUGUGCAUCAAAAGCUUCGCAAAACAAAAGGAAAAUUCAAAUGGAAUACAAUCUUUUGAGGUUCCAACACCCAAGUUUGAAUCAUCAUUACAAAUGUAUUGAAGGAGGGUCUGCAUAUCAAGAAUGGAAUAAAAAAUAUGUCGUGAAAGCAACCUCUAAACCAUCUUUUGAUUCUGGACUUCCAACUUCUAAUUCCAAAAACAUGUUGGACUCUGUAAAAAAUUUCUUGGCAGCUUUUUAUUUGUUUUGCUACCCUUACAUAAUGAUUGGCCGAACGUUAAGCACAAUUUCUGCAAGUCUCAUUGCCGUGCAGAAACUAUCAGAUAUAUCUCCAUUGUUUAUUAUUGGUUUGUUACAGGCCUUGGUACCUUACACGUUUUUGGAUGUUUAUAUUAAUGGACUGAAUCAGUUGUCUGACAUUGAAAUAGACAAGAUAAAUAAACCAUAUCUUCCAUUGGCAUCUGGACAAUUGUCCUUUAGAACUGGUGUUAUUAUUGCUGGAUCAUCUUUAAUUUUGAGUUUUUGGCUUGGCUGGAUUAUAGGUUCUUGGCCACUGAUUUGGAGUCUUGUAAUGUGUUUUUCACUAUGGACCGCUUAUUCAAUCAACGUACCCUUGUUGAGAUGGAAGAGACAUCCUCUACUUGCAGCAAUGUGCAUUUUUCUUAGUUUUACAAUUAUAUUUCCAAUUACAUUUUUCCUUCACAUGCAGACUUUUGUGUUGAAGAGACCAUUUGUCUUUCCGAGAUCACUGGUUUUUGUUAUUGUAUUCAUGAGCUUCUACACUGUAGGCAUAGCGUUGUUCAAGGACAUACCUGACAUUGAAGGAGAUAAGAAAUAUGGCAUCCAUUCUUUUUCAGCACGUUUAGGUCAAAAACGGGUAUUCUGGAUUUGUGUUUCACUUUUUGAAAUGGCCUUUGGAGUUGCCCUCUUGGCAGGAGCAGCAUCUUCUUGCCUUUGGAUUAAAAUUGUCACGGGUCUGGGACAUGCUGCUCUUGGUUCCGUUCUUUGGUAUCAGGCCAAAUAUGUAGAUUUGACAAACAAAGUUUCCAUGAGAUCCUUCUAUAUGUUGAUUUGGAAGUUGUUGUCCGUAGCAUACUUCCUCAUGCCUUUAAUCAGAUAAGGAUGACGUUGAAGGUUAAAACCGUGCUCGUGACACAUACAUCAGAAUAAAAUGGAUAUGUUUUGCAUCUAAACUUUAUUAAAAUAGAAAAAACUACAAAGAUAUGUGUUCCCUGGAUAUUAGUUCUUGUAUUAUUAAGAUCUUUAUUUAAAUGUGUGAAGGUUUUAUGUAUAUCCAAACUAACCUCUAUUGUCAAAUCUUUAAUAUGUGGAACAAGAAAAUAGAAGCAAAUUGCUAUACUAGAAUUUUUGA